AUGGUUCUAAUUAAUGAAAGCUACCCUAAAGAAUUCAUCCUAGUAGGCUUUGCUGAUUAUCCUUGGCUAGAACUUCCUCUAUUUGUUAUUGUUUUUAUAAUAUACUCCAUGGGUAUGAUGGGAAACAUUUCCAUCAUUCUGGUGUCCAAGUUAGACCCGCGUCUCCAAAGUCCCAUGUAUUUCUUCCUCACCAACCUCUCCUUUCUGGACAUCUGCUUAACCACAAGCAUUGUGCCUCAGAUGCUGUUUAACCUGGGAAGCUCUAAGAAGACCAUCAGCUACGUGGGGUGUGCAGUUCAGGUUUAUUUUUUCAGCACAGUGGGAGCCACAGAAUGUCUUCUUCUGGCUCUUAUGUCUUUUGAUCGCUAUGUGGCCAUCUGACCUCUGCACUACACCCUCAUCAUGAAUCAGCGCAUCUGUAUCCUAUUAGUGUCCAUUGUGUGGAUGAGUGGAAUUACUUAUGGUGCUUUUGAGAUCGGUCUAACAUUACAGUUGCCAUUGUGUGGCAUCAAUAAACUGGAUCACUUUUUCUGUGAGAUUCCAGUUCUGAUAAAGACUGCCUGUGGGGAAAAGGAGGCUAAUGAGCUCUCCCUCUCUGUGGUGUGCAUUUUUAUAGUAGCUAUUCCUCUGUGUUUAAUUCUUGCUUCCUAUGCUAAUAUCGGACGUGCCAUACUUAAGAUUAAAUCUUCUGAAGGAAGGAAAAAGGCCUUUGGGACAUGUUCCUCUCAUCUUAUUGUAGUUUUCUUAUUUUAUGGCCCAGUCAUUAGCAUGUACCUUCAGCCACCCUCUUCCAUCUCAAGGGACCAGCCCAAGUUCAUGGCACUCUUCUAUGCAGUAGUGAUUCCUACACUCAACCCCUUCAUCUACACACUGAGGAAUAAGGAUGCAAAAGGUGCAUUAAGUAAGCUGGUAAGGAGCAUUUUAACUUCCAAAUGA